AUGAGCUUAGAGCAGUUGGCUUCGUCCCAGCGCAAAGCCUUCGUCUUUAUUGAAGACUCAACAGUAGGAUUUUUCAAGGCUCAUUCGUGCGGUAACGGCCGCUUCAUCCAGGGCGAUCCAAGCGCCGACCUCGAGAUCUGCUUCAGUCUCCACAAGAACAAGAACUCACUCAUCGUCCAUAUCCAUGACGACAACCUCUUACAAUGGUUGCGUGCAAUCUCCUCGCUGCGUGGCAGCCUUAGAAAUAAUUCCCCUGGUCCCUUCAUCAGCAUGGACCGUCUAUUACCCCGUUACCCAGAAAUGAGUGCCAAGUUCAACCAGGACAGAAGAGAGGGACACAGCUUCGAUGCACUCGAUUUGUUUGUCCGUCAUUUCCUCCGCGAAGGCUCGACGAAGCCAUCAGCGAAAUUAACGAGCCCGAUAUCAAGGGGUCAAUUCAGCCCUACCUCUUCAGGAAUGAGCCCCCCCCGAUCCCAGUUACAGGCUGCCAUCGAAGAGCGCGAUCCCGUUGCCGUGGACAAAGUGCUCGCCACAUACCUAGCCUUCGUUGAUACUAAGACUUUAUACCUAGCCAUGCACUACUAUGAAGAGACCGUCUUCCGUCUUCUUCUCAAGCACGGCGCUCAGGUGGGCGGGGAUGAUAUCUUCGCCAAGCUCUUAUACAGUGCCGCAAAAGCUGGCCUCAUGGACGCAGUUCAGCUGCUUCUAGCUUAUGAUGCCAACAAAGAGGGAGGAGAUUCCUGCAUCAGCACAACAGCCUUGAAUGGUGCAGCUUCUGGCGGUCACCUCGAAAUUAUCCAAUACCUCGUCGAGGAGAAAGGCGCAAACAUCAAUGGUAAUGAGUACAUGUGUCCGCUAGCUCGGGCCAUCAAGUAUCGCCACAAACACAUUAUCGACUAUCUACUGGAUGCCGGAGCGAAUGUACUUAGUGAUAAAUAUUUAGUACUUCUGCCUCGACUGGUGAGAACCAAGCAGAUAGGGCUAGACGAGAUUCUCGGACGCUUCAGAACCGGCAUGAACGAUGACGCUCGUGAUCGUUUGUUUUUGACAGCAGUAUCGAGGGGUCGCCUCGAUAUUGUCCGCUACCUAGUAGCGGCUGGUGCAAAUGUCAAUCCAGAUACACGGCACUGCUCUCUGCUGAGCUGGUCGUACCCGCGAAGAGCUGUUUUUGUGCGUCAGAAUGGUUUGGUCCGUUUUGGAAGAAGUAUAGAAGAAGCUAAGAACUUUCCGUUGUGUGGCCGAGAACAUUCUCCACCCCUGGCCGUAGCAGCAUCGAACGGUUACCUUGAAAUUGUCCGUUGCCUGGUAGAGGCCGGUGCGGAUGUCAACCCAUAUACGCAUCACAGAGGCGACUCGAUUGCGAAAGAUUCGAGGUGUAUACGACCGCAUUACUCGCCUCUAGCAGCAGCUGUAUCGGAGGGCCAUCUCGACAUUGUCCGUUACCUGGUAGCGGCUGGUGCAAAUGUCAAUCCAGAUACGCGGCACUGCAGAGCGGCUGAGGGCUCUUCAAUAUGUCACCGAGAGCAUUCCUCGCCCCUGGCAGUAGCAGCAUCAAAGGGCUACCUCGAGAUUGUCCGCUGCCUUGUAGAGGCUGGUGCUUAUGUUAACCCGUAUAACUCGACUAUGAAGUAUGCGAUUUGUACACGACCGCGUUACUCGCCCCUGGCAGCAGCUAUAAAGUCGAAUAAAAGUGAAGUGGCUCAGUUCUUAUCCUCGAUUGGAGCAGCCCUCUCCAAAAAUGAGGGCAAGGGUUCUGUCUUGGAUGAUUCUGAUGAUUUAUAUCCUUCCAUAUUGUCCGGCAAGCCUCGUGACACAUUUAAGCGUCGUGAAGCCAUCGCCGGUAUACGGGCCCGAGAUCGCAGAACCAUGGCGCGCAAGUUACUUGCAAAAGUUGCCAAAUCAUGCAAAAAAUUGCUUGACGCAAGCGCCACACAGGACGCCUCUGCCGGAGUCAUAGCAUACGUGGACCAGCUCGGUACCAGCGCAUCCAUCUGGGAGAGAGGAACACGUGCGAUUCGGGAAAUCUACGAGGGCUAUAAGCCGCGUAGCCUCUCGGAUAUCGUCAGCGCACUGCAAGUUGCAAAUGCAAUGCGGGCGGUCGUUAAAACUUCGGGAUUAGGGUACUCGAAGAAAGAAUUUAUUAAUGACAUCCCACGAUGGGCUUCUCUUGUGAGUCCAGAUGAUCGACGCCUAUUUUUCGAAAUAGCGUCCUAUCUCUGGGGAAUUCCGGCCUCAACAGUCGCCUAUGAAUUGGCGGACAGUCUCGCGAGCCCUUUGAUGUCCUUACAAGAUAUGGUCAAGCAUCUCGUGAGGACACCCGGGCUUUUUGAUCUUGGGUCUGGAAACUCUUAUCGGCUGCAAACUCUACGACAACAAUACUCUUUUGAAAUGAGUCCUACUAAUAUAUGCGAAAGAAACCCUACUUUGGCCGAGUGGCAUCCAUUACCCAAGCAAACAGUACAAGAAAGUCCACACACCGAUGCCCCCAAGCCGCCGGACCCAGAGUGGGAAGAGCUAAGUAUCUUGGCUCGUAUCACCGUCUUAGUGGCAGGCGCCAUAUUCGGCGUAAUCCUGCUCUAUUUAUGUCUAUCUCGAUACGGCUUUUCGACACUAUGCCUACCCAUCCUGACUUCAGAUGGCGGGGAUGGUCGGGCUCCGGAUCAGAUAAUUACUCGAAACACCGCCAUCCUUGCCAUAUAUGUCGGAUUUACGUCUCCUGUGGACUUUGAGAGCUGCAAGAGCACCGACCAUUUGGUGCCAGACUGUCUCCCGACAGAGACAGCUCAGGAGCCUAUGGCAACCGCUCAGGCGCCCUACGAGGGUGAUUAUCCUAUGAUCGACCCCUCCGAGUAA